GAAGAUUGCCCGCACCAACAAUUAUCUAUCAGCAUGAUAUGAAUUAUUAAAGUACCAGUACGUUUCUUCGAAGGUUCACAUUGUAUUUUAUGUGCAAGUCUUAAUUAGCCGUGUCGCGCCUUCUGCUUUCAGGACACCGCGCCUGGCGCAAAGUUCCUUCAUGUAAUAGUAUGACAAUGGCUACCACAGAUGUCUUCAUUAUUUCCUCUUCGCCGCCGCGACAAUCGGUGUCUUACAAUGUAUCUUCACCACCUUUGCCCUCUUUGGAUGAAAUGAUCAAGCAAAAGAAAGCCCCCAACCUUCGAAGAGGUGGUGGUGCUGCCUCUACUCCCUUAGACCCAACAGCCACUUUCACGAGCGCUUCGGCUUUACUACGUAGAGGUUCCUCUGGAUCUUUGCAAGAAUUUGAUACCGCUCGAUCAUUAGCGACGACCACGAAACCUGAUGAAAAUGAACAAAAGAAGACCGCGAAACCUAAAGCUCCACGCAAACCCGCUGCGAAGAAGGAAGAUGGGCCAAUUGAGAAAGUGGCAAAGGUACCCCGCAAGACUACAAGAAAUAAGGGCGAGGAUAGAGCAGAGGGAUUUAUAGAAGGAGUUGUGGAAGAGGGAAAAGAGGGUGUCAAGACAAUUCCAGAAAAGAAACCUCGAAAAUCUAGAGCUAAGAAAACAGACAACCUUGGAGGAGACGGAGAAGAUGGGGGUAUUACGGGUGCAGUUGUGCCAGACGUUUCAAAAGUGGCAGUGGAGACGAAAGCAUGCAAGCCUAGAGCUAAGAAAGGUGAUGAUAUUACGGGGGAGGGAGUGAAGGAGAGAGCCCCGCGCAAACCCAGGGCGAAGAAAACCGAUGUUGAAGCUGGAAGUGAAUCUGUGGCAAAAGAAAAAGCAGUAAGGAAGCCGCGAGCUAAGAAAUCGGAUGGGGGCACAACUGUACAACCUAAGAUGGCUAAGGGCAGAGUUACUAAAACCACCAAUGCCUCAAAUCCGGACAAAGUCGAAACUCCCAAAGCCGAUAAAGUUAGCAAGCAUUUUGCAUCCAAUCCUGUUGUUGAAGAUUUACUUGCAGAGGAAGGAUCCGGUUUGUCUGAGGCGGUCAAGAGAAGAAAGAACUGGACUCCGCCGAAAUCGAAUCAAGUUCUAAUUGACUAUGACGAUAGUCCAGAAGCUGGCAGCUCAGGCUGCAAUCAAGGAUUUACAGAAUUAUUGGGAAGUUUUGGUUUCAGCAGUAGUGAGGCAAAUUCUAUUGAGAAGAGGAUAUCUUCAGGCGUGUCUAGCGGAGCUGCUGUAACAAGAAAACGGAAACUAAUCGAGAUGGUCCACACCAAUAUUCCCACAACGGCUGGUACAAAAGCCACAAAGGAAAAAGCUGUAAAGAAAAAGGCUAGAACACUCACAGACCUUGCAACUUCUGCUUAUACAGCAACAGAAGAUGAUGAUACCAUUAAUGAUACACCUGCUCCAUUGCUUCAACACUUUCCGAAAGCAGCCUCUGGAGAACUCACAAAUGAUGGUUUCAAAAAACCACCCAAACUGAGGUCAAAGAGUCCAGUAAAAGGAUUGCCAAAAUCAAAAAAGGGCUCCGCAGAAGAGCCAAUUCUUCUAUCCCCAGAAUCUGCACUCAAGCAAGUUGGUAACCAAGAUUUUGUAUUCGGAACUUCAAGUCAAUUAGCAAGAGAGGAUUCACCUUCGCUAUUACGCGACCUGCAUGAUGCUAUGCAAGCAUCGAAUGAAUUAGAUGAUUACGAUGAUCCUUUUAUUUCGCCGCCUACGAAGAUAGCCGAAAGAGCGAAAGCUGUAAUAGCUGCGAAGCGAAAUCUUUGGUCUAUUGCAGCUCGUGAUGAUCACGGGGAUCUGAUAGAUAUCGAGACGGUAGACUUGGCACACACACCUGUUGCAAAGCCGGACAGAAUCAUACUUUCUCAAAAACCUUCAUCAUUAUGGAUCACUCCUGCCAAGGACGAGUGGUACGAUAUUGAUGAAAUUGAAGAGAAUCGACCACCCUCUACUCAAGUUCCAGUGAGACAAAUGGGACCGAUUGAGAUGGCCAUUAAUUUGGAACUGUCGAAUAGCCCUCUUCAACCUAAGAAUUCUUCGAAGGAUGUCUCUACAUCUUCUCCACGAAAGAAACAUACCAAGGCUUCCAUCAUCGAAACUACUCCUAAGAAAACUACAACUGCUAAGAUGCCUGAUUAUGAAUCUUUUACUACGCCACAGUUAUCCAGGGAAAUUCAGAAAUAUAAGUUCAAACAAAUCAAAAGUCGUAAAAAGAUGAUCGAUUUAUUGGUUCAGUGUUUUGAGAGUCAGAACCGACCAGCCUUAGGUGUCCUGCAGGGUAACAUACCAAUAACGUCUCAGGGGUCAUCGGAAGUCUCUAAAGUUAUAGCCGGCUCAUCUACUCAGCUAGAACCUACCAUUUCUUCCUCUCAAAGAGGUCGUGGACGACCCACAAAAGAUACUGCUGCUUCCAAGUCGAAGGCGAAGUCAAAGAUUAAAGAUUCAGUAGCAAUUUUGGAGACGGACAGUAAUGCCCCUCUCUCCGAGUUUCGUACACCCAAGAAGUCCAAGAAGGGAAAACAAGUUAUUGAAGAUGUCCCCGAUUCUGAUCACCCUAUGACACCUUCACCGCCACGAAGAUCUGCCUCUCAAAUUCGGAAAGCGUCCAAAGCUCUGGAAUUAUCUCCUAUUAAGAACGAUCACGAUGAUGAGGCUCAGCAAGCACAACUUUUCACUCAUAUUUAUACUGCAAUUACCAGUGCUCCUCCAUCACAAGACCUCUCAAAUCCAAGCUGGCAUGAGAAAAUACUACUUUACGAUCCUGUUGUGUUGGAAGAUUUGGCAUCAUGGCUGAACACGGGAGCUUUGGGUAAAGUCGGUUGGGAUGGGGAGGUGGCUCCGAAAGAGCUUAAGAAAUGGUGUGAAAGUAAGAGUAUCUGUUGUUUAUGGAAGGAAAAUCAGGGGGGUGGGGCGAGGAGCAGAUAUUGAUUAUGGAUAUGAAGUUGUUGUUGUGGCUUGGUCAGUUGACCUUUGCUGUUUAAUGUUUAGAUACCCUGUUUUGUAUACAUAUCUCCAUGACCUCUUGAAUUUGCUGGAUAUGCAAGUGCACUCGUCUACUUUGAUGAUGGAUAAAGAAAACAUAUUUUAUCAUCGUCUUUCAUCUUUCUAAAAUGCUCAUGUGUCUUUUGAACAUUGGUGGGUUUGGUAGUGUCGACAUAUCGGUAUAUUAAAUCGGUACCAGGAUACCGGUACCAAAGUCUCAGAAAAGAAUCAGGAAACCUUUCAGUGUUUUGGUUAAAGUCGAACUUUGCUAUCGCCAAAGGUUUAUAAUGUGGUCCUAACAUGAAGCUGGGGGUUUCGCAAAACCCCUUCGCCUGGAGAACCCCUGUCAAAACAGGAGCUCAUUGGGAACCUCACACGUCAACUGUCUCUAAAGUUCUUGCCAGUGUAACAUUCUAUUUCUAUUUCAUCCUAAUUCUUUAGAUUAAUCGCCAAGGUGAUGCGAGCUAUUUUCUAUGAGAGAAUUCCGACUGGUGCAUUUCAUGCUCUCUUGGCCAAAGCAAUCCGAUGUCUCGGAUGAAUUUGCCUUGAUAGUUCAUCUGAUAGUUUUCAUAUGUUGGCAAAAUAAGAUGAAGUAAUAUGACA